UAUCCAACACAGCCAGAGUGUUCGCUUUUCCUCUAAAACGUUUCCACUCACAAUCGCCCUCUAUUCCAACUCACAAUCGCCCUUUAUUCCAACUUUCAAGUUUGAAACCGACUGAAAACCCUUGAGAGAGAAAGGGGAAGAGAGAGAGACGCACACACACAAUAUUUUUCAUUCACGGUUCACAUCAAUGGCCUCCAGAUUUCUCACCGUCGCAAAGCUUUUCCGAUCUAAUCGGUCGUUCACGGUGGCCGCCUCUCCUUUCGCCGGCCACCAUCACUCUUUCAGCUCCUCCGGCGAUUCAGACUACCACACUCGCUCUCAGCCCUCCCGAGGAAGUGCUCUUAAGAUGACAAUGAUAGCUCGGAUGAAACAUCCCUUUCUGAAUAAAGGUAUGGAUUCGAUGUGCCAAGCUACAGAAUACGAGCGAGAGUCAAUUGUUAAGAUUGACAUGCCCGGAAUCGCGAAAGAAGGUCUCGACAUUAAGGUCAAAAAACUUGCAAUCCACAUCGAAGGGAAAACACAGAAAGAAGAUGAAGAUGAAGAUGAUGACGAAAUGGGAGUGAGGGGAUACUCUGGUGUCAUUGAUCUUCCUCGGGGUAUUUACAACACCGAUGAAAUCAAGGCCACCAUUAAGUUGGGUAUUCUCAAAAUGGUGAUCCCCAAGAUGGAUGACGUCUCAACUCUCUCUGCACCGUCGAUCUCGUUUCGUGGCGCGCCGGCCACCUACUCAACCACCACAGAUGAGAGACGUGUGAAGGAUGUAUUCAAUAUUUAAGGAAGAUGCAAACACGUUGCUCGCUCGACUGGACAUGCCCUGCAUUUCCGGGAAGGUCUGAAGCUGUGGUACGAGAAUGAAUCUCCGUACAUCACCGGAAAGGAAGGAGAGGAGGACGAAAAAUUCUUGCCGGAAAUCCGAACGUGUGAGUUCAUACAGAAUGAGGUCCAGAGGUGGACGAUGUCGACCAGCCUGGCCGUCUCGCCGCGAAGGUUCAAAACCGAUGAGAUCAAGGCUACUCUGAAAAAUGGUGUUCUCAGGGUUGUGAUCCCAAAGCACAAACACAAGCCAAUGGAGGGCAACAACCACGCCGUUCAUAUCGAGAUUGGAGUGAGAUUGUCACAACACGGAAAAAGAUCCAUUUUGGGUCUUUUGGUGGUGUGGUUAACUUCUGUGGUGUCGAAUACUUACAAGAUUAGGGUUUGUUCAUGUUUGUAGUUUAUUUUAGUAAAAACUAAAAAUUUUGUAUUUGAAAUGUUGGUUCUGUAA